UUCUCUCUAGAAAAAGGAAAAACCAAAGUAGCCCACAAGAGGCUUAAACCCACCAUCUCUCUUGAGAGUUCCAACUUCCCCAUUACGUUUAUCAUAAAUACCAAAAGUCACACUUCCUCGACACUUCAAAUCAUCAAUAUCAUACAACAUAUAAAACCCAAAAAACAAGCCCCAGAAAACAAAGAAACUCCUCCUGAACUCUCAUUUCUUCUUCUUCUUCUUCUCUCUCUCUUCGCAAUUUUCUUUCUUUGGGGUUUCGCCUCUCUAUUCCUUCUUUCUCUCUCUCUUCUUCUCCUUUUCUCUCUCUCUCUCUCUCUCUCUCUCUCUAUAGUUCAGACACACAAUCCUCGGAUGUGUAAGCCUCCUUUAAAUCUUCCUCAACACUUUUCUCUCUGAAGAGUUUCAGAUUAUAGUAAAUGGCUACCUUAAGAUCGAGUUUGCCCUCUCGUCUUCGCCAACUCUUCUCUUCAGAAGGAUCUUUUGGUCCUUCUAUUCAACUUGAUGCUGAAGUGCCACCUAAAAUCAAAGCUUUUAUUGACAAAGUUAUUCAGAGUCCACUGCAAGACAUAACUAUUCCUCUGUCUGGUUUUCGUUGGGAGUACAACAAGGGGCACUUUCAUCAUUGGAGACCUCUGUUUCAUCACUUUGAUGCAUACUUCAAGGCCUAUAUAACGAAUAGGAAUGACCUCCUCCUCUCAGAUUCUAUCACUGAAGAUGAUGCUUCAUUCCCAAAGCAAGGGGUUUUGCAGAUCUUGAGAGUGAUGCAAAUCAUUCUAGAGAACUGCCACAAUAAGAGUUCAUUUGAUGGUCUAGAGAAUUUUAAGCUUCUGCUGGCAUCAACAGAUCCGGAAGUUCUUGUGGCAACGUUGGAGACUCUUUCUUCUUUAGUUAAAAUACCCCCCUCAAAGUUGCAUGUUAGUGGGAAGAUGAUUGGACUUGGCUCUAUCAAUAGCUGUCUAUUGUCUCUUGCCCAGGGAUGGGGCAGCAAGGAAGAAGGAUUGGGGUUGUAUUCAUGUGUUGUUGCAAAUGAGAAGAAUCGAGAAGGGCUAUCUCUAUUUCCCUCGGAUGUACAAGACAAAGAUGAGAAGUCUCAAACUCGUCUAGGCUCCACAUUGUACUUUGAAUUGCAUGGAGUUAGUCCUCAAAGAAGUGGAGAAAGCAGUACUGAUGUUAAAACUUCGAGUUCAACUAUGAUACAUAUGACAGAUUUGCAUUUACGGAAGGAGGAUGAUCUUUUGAUUCUUAAGCACUGCAUUGAGCAGUAUAAUGUUCCUCUUGAACAAAGAUUUUCGCUGCUGACAAGAAUCAGAUAUGCUCAUGCCUUUUGUUCUCCUAGAUUAGGCGGGUUGUACAGUAGAAUUUGCCUUCUUGCCUUUAUAGUUCUUGUGCAGUCCAAUGAUGCAAAUGACGAGCUUGUUUCCUUUUUCGCUAAUGAGCCUGAAUAUACGAAUGAGUUGAUCAAGAUAGUCCGAUCAGAAGAAACCGUCUCUGGAACUGUCAGAACACUUGCUAUGCUUGCUUUGGGAGCUCAAUUAGCUGCAUAUUCGUCAUCUCAUGAUCGUGCCAGGACAUUGAGUGGUUCUAGCAUCAAUUUUGCUGGGGGAAACCGAAUGAUUCUUUUGAAUGUACUACAGAAGGCUAUUUUGUCACUUAAGAACUCUAGUGACCCGUCUUCUCUUGCUUUUGUUGAGGCGCUUCUGCAGUUUUAUUUACUACAUGUUAUAUCUACUUCAAGUUCAGGUAGCAUCAUUCGUGGCUCAGGAAUGGUUCCCACAUUUUUGCCGCUUCUUGAGGAUACUGAUUUUGCACAUAUGCACCUAGUUUGUUAUGCUGUGAAAACACUUCAGAAGCUUAUGGACUACAGUAAUGCUGCUGUUACCCUUUUGAAAGACUCAGGUGGGGUAGAACUUCUAGCUCAGAGACUGCAGAUAGAAGUUCAAAGGGUUAUAGAUGGUACUAUUAUGCUUCUGCCUGAUGGUUCAAAUUCUGGCGAGGAUCUUAUAUAUGAUCAGAAGAGGCUCAUAAGGGCUUUAUUGAAGGCUCUUGGAUCAGCUACCUUUUCUCCUACAAAUACAUCAAAUUCCCAAAGUUCUCACGAUAGUACUUUGCCAUCUACGUUGGCUCUGAUAUUUGAUAACAUUUGGAAGUUUGGAGGUGACAUUUAUUGCUCAGCUGUUACUGUUAUGAGUGAAAUUCUUCAUAAAGACCCAAUUUCUUUUCCAAUGUUACAUGAAAUGGGUCUUUCGGAUGCAUUUUUAUCUUCAGUUGUUGCUGGUGUGCUUCCUUCCUCGAAGUCUCUUACUUGUGUGCCUAAUGGCUUGGGGGCCAUUUGCCUUAACACCAAAGGUUUGGAGGCGGUGAAAGAAACUUCUGCAUUGCGCUUCCUUCUUGACGUCUUCACCAGCAAGAAGUAUGUUGUGGCAAUGAACGAAGCUAUUGUUCCUUUGGCAAAUGCUGUGGAAGAGCUGUUACGGCAUGUGUCUUCGCUUAGGAGCACUGGGGUUGAUAUAAUUAUUGAGAUCAUCAACAAAAUUUCUUCUUUUGGGGAUGUAAUCUCUUCAGGGUCUUCAGAGAAGGUAGAUGGUAGCUCUAUGGAAAUGGAUUCUGGAGAGAAAGGAAGUGAAAACGAAAGCUCAUCCAGUAUUGUAACAUCAUUAGAUACAGUUGGGGAGGGAAUUACAGAUGAGCACUUCAUUAAUUUGAGUGUCUUCCAUGUAAUGGUGUUGGUCCACAGGACAAUGGAAAACUCGGAAACUUGUAGGUUGUUUGUUGAGAAAUCUGGUAUUGAUGCUUUGCUGAAGCUUUUGUUGCGACCUAGUAUUGUACAAUCCUCUGAGGGGAUGGCCAUUGCUUUACACAGCACUAUGGUUUUUAAGGGGUUUACACAGCAUCACUCUGCUCCUCUAGCUCGUGCUUUCUGUUCUUUUUUGAGGGAUCAUUUAAAGAAAGCUUUGACAGGAUUUAGUCUGGUUGCAGGAUCUUUUUUACUGGAUUCUAAAACAAAACUUGAUUAUGGGGUAUUCUCGUCAUUAUUUCUUGUGGAGUUUCUUCUGUUCCUUGCGGCUGCUAAGGAAAAUCGGUGGAUAGCUGCAUUGCUUACUGAACUUGGUGGUGAUAGCAAGGAUGUUUUGGAGGAUAUUGGGAGAGUCCAUCGGGAAGUUUUAUGGCAAAUUGCACUUUUUGAUGAUGCAAAAGUUGAAGUGCAAGAAGAUGCAGGUACGGUGUCUGCUUCUGAUUCAGAGCAAGUACCCAGCUCCAGUGGACCUGAGGAACAGAGAGUUGCAUCUUUUAGACAAUUGCUUGAUCCACUAUUUAGAAGAAGGAUGUCAGGAUGGAGCGUUGAGUCCCAAUUCUUUGAUCUUAUUAAUCUUUACAGAGAUCUUGGCCGGGCAAAUGGUAUUCAGAGAAGUACUUCUGAUGGUUCAAACCUACAGCUGGGAAGCAACCAAUCAUUCUGUGAAUCAGGCAGUUCAGAUCCUGAUAGCACUCUUAAAAGGGAGGAGGACAAGCAGAAGAAUUAUUACUCAUCAUGUUGCAAUAUGGUUAGAUCACUUGCCUUGCACAUCAUGCAUUUGCUUCAGGAAUUGGGGAAGUCUAUGCUGUUACCUUCUAGGCGGAGAGAUGAUGCCAUUAACAUAUCACCUGCUUCUAAAUCAGUUUUAUCUACUUUUGCUUCCAUUUCUCUGGGACACAUGAACUUCGGUGGUCAUAUGAGCCCUUCUGGUUCAGAGGCAUCAGUAUCAAGCAAGUGCCGCUACUUUGGCAAGGUUGUGGAUUUCAUAGACGGGAUCUUGAUGGAUAGACAUGAUUCUUAUAAUCCAGUGCUAUUAAAUUGCUUGUAUGGGCAAGGUGUUAUUCAGUCAGUUUUGACUACUUUUGAAGCUACAAGUCAGCUACUCUUUACUGUUCCUGCCUCACCUAUGGAGACUGAUGAUGGGAAUUUGAAACAUGAAAAAAAGGAAGAUUCUGAGCACUCGUGGCUAUAUGGUCCUCUUGCUUGCUAUGGGAAAUUUAUGGAUCAUCUGGUGACCUCAUCAUAUAUCUUGUCUCCCUUUACAAAACACUUACUUGUGCAGCCUUUGUCCGAUAGCAAUAUUCCUUUCCCUCGUGAUGCUGAGACAUUUGUGAAGGUUCUGCAGUCUAUGGUCCUGAAAGCUGUUCUCCCAGUUUGGACUCACCCACAGUUUGUUGAUUGCGGCUAUGAUUUCAUCAUCUCAAUUAUCUCAAUUAUUCGACAUAUUUAUUCUGGAGUUGAAGUAAAAAAUGUCAGUAGCACUAGCAGCAGUCGAUUAGCAGGUCCACCUCCGAAUGAAGCAGUGAUUUCACAAAUUGUAGAAAUGGGUUUUACUAGGGCAAGGGCUGAAGAAGCUCUGAGGCAAGUUGGAGCGAACAGUGUUGAAUUGGCAAUGGAGUGGUUAUUCACCCACCAAGAGGAAGCUCAAGAAGAUGAUGAGCUUGCCCGUGCACUUGCUAUGUCUCUUGGAAAUCCAGCAUCCGACUCUAAAGAAGAUGCUGCUACUGAUAAUAGUCGGCAAUUCGAAGAUGAUAUGGUACAACUUCCACCGAUUGAUGAAUUGUUGUUGACGUGUGUUAAACUCCUUCAAUCAAAGGAGUCUCUUGCUUUUCCAGUCCGAGACUUGCUUAUGACAAUGUGUGCUCAAAAUGAUGAACAAUACAGGCCUAAUGUUAUAUCCUUUAUUGUUGAUCAGAUAAAGCGAUGUAACUCUGUUAUUGAUGGUACAAAUAGUGCUAUGCUUUCUGCAUUGUUUCACGUUCUUGCUUUGAUUCUCCAUGAAGAUGCUGCAUCCCGAGAAACUUGUUUGAAAAAUGGUUUAGUAGAUCUUGUCUCAGAUGUAUUGUGGCAAUGGGAUGGGGGAUCUUUUAUUGGGACUGAUGCAAUUGUUCCGAAGUGGGUAACUGCUGCCUUUCUUGCUGUUGAUCGCUUGUUGCAAGUGGAUCAGAAGCUGAAUCCUGAAGUCGUAGAGUUGUUGAAGAAGACCACUGAGAGCAGCCAGCAGACAUCGAUUGUUAUCAAUGAUGAUAAACAAAGCAAUUCACAGGAAUCAUCGCAGCAACAUGUUGAUAUAGAUCAGCAGAAGAGGCUUGUGGAAGUUGCUUGUAGUUGUAUCAAGAAACAACUGCCAUCUGAAACAAUGCAUGCUGUUCUCCAGUUGUGUGCAACACUUACCCGAGUACACUCUGUUGCUGUCAGUUUUCUUGAUUUUGGGGGUCUUCCUUUACUUCUUAAUCUACCGACAAGCAGCCUGUUCUCGGGUUUUGACAAUAUUGCUGCCACCAUCAUUCGUCACAUCCUUGAAGAUCCUCAAACUCUUCAACAGGCAAUGGAAUCUGAGAUUCGGCACAAUAUUGUUACUGCGACAAAUAGACAAUCAAGUGGAAGGCUUACAGUCCGUAAUUUUUUGGUGAACAUAACCUCUGUGAUAUCGAGGGACCCUGUGGUGUUCUUGCGUGCUGCUCAGUCUGUUUGCCAAGUGGAGAUGGUUGGUGACAGGCCUUACAUUGUCUUACUAAAGGAUCGUGAGAAGGAUAGAUCCAAGGACAAGGAAAAGGACAAGGAAAAGGACAAGGAAAAAGCAUCCGAUAAGGAGAAGCCACCAGCUACUGAUGCAAAACCUGUGUCUGGUGCUCUUUCACCUAUGUUGGGAGGUGGGCAAGGGAAGUUUCAGGAGUCUAAGAGUUUCAAGGCCCAUAGGAAACCUCCACAAAGUUUUAUCAAUGUGAUUGAGCUUCUCCUCGAUACAGUUAUAACAUUUGAACCCCCAAAGAAUGAUGAAGCCUUGCCUGGUGCUUCAGGUGCACUGUCAACUAGCAUGGACAUUGAUGUGGCCACAAAUAAAGGAAAAGGAAAAGCUGUUGCAAGUGAAUCUGAAGAAAAUGAAGUUCAAAACCAGGAUGUUUCUGCUUCAUUGGCCAAAAUCGUAUUUAUCCUAAAGCUUCUUACUGAGGUUGUUGUGACAUAUUGUGCUUCUGUUCAUGUCUUGUUGAGGAAGGAUGCUGAACUUAGUAGCUGCAGGGGUCUGUCUCAGCGUAGUCCUUCUGGUUGCAGCUCUGGGGGAUUAUUUCACCAUAUUCUUCAUAAAUUUGUGCCCUAUUCCAAAAGAUCCAAAAAAGAGAAGAAAUUGGAUGGUGAUUGGAAACAUAGGUUGGCAACCAAAGCAGGUCAAUUUUUGGUAGCUUCAUGUGUGCGCUCGGCUGAAGCAAGGAGAAGAAUUUUCACAGAGGUUAAUACAGUUAUCAGUGACUUUGUUGAUUCAGCUGAUGGUUUUAUUUCACCAGGCAAUGAAAUUUUGGCUUUUAUCGAGUUUCUUAAUGAUGUUCUUGGUGCUCGUUCUCCAACUGGUUCAUCCGUUUCUUCAGAAGCUUCUGCUACUUUUAUAGAUGUUGGUCUAGUUAGAUCACUGACUAGAACUCUGCAAGUGCUGGACCUCGACUCGAGUGAUUCACUGAAUGUUGUCACUGGACUUACCAAAGCAUUAGAGUUGGUGACUAAGGAGCAUAUCAAUACUGCUGAAGCACAUGCAGCAAAGAAUGAGAGUUGUGCCAAACCUUCUGAUAUUAAUAUACCUGAGAGGACUGCCAAUAGUGCUGACGGUUCACAAGCUAUGGAGGCUGCUUCUCAAGAGAAUGAAAACUCUGCCACUGAUGUUCGUGGUGAUUCUUUUAGUGUUGGGCAUGCAUUUGGUGGCUCUGAGGCUGUGACAGAUGAUAUGGAGCAUGAUCAGGAUCUUGAUGGAAGCUUUGCUCCGAAUGAUGAUGAUUAUAUGCAUGACACACCUGAGGAUGGAAGGGGCCUUGAGAAUGAGGUCGAUGGUGUAGGAAUCAGAUUUGAAAUUCAAGCGAAUAUGCAAGAAAAUCUUGAUGAAGAUGAUGAUGAGGAGAUGUCUGCAGAUGAUGGGGAUGAUGGAGAUGAUGAUGAAGAUGAUGAGGAUGACGAUGAGCGUAAUGAUUUAGAAGAUGAUCAUCACCUUGCCCAUCCAGAUAUUGAUCCGGACGAUGUUCAUGAGAUGGAUGAAGAUGAUUUUGAUGAGGAUGUCUUGGAGGAAGAGGAUGAGGAUGACGAAGAUGAUGAGGAGGGACUCAUACUUCGGCUAGAGGAAGGCAUCAAUGGGAUUAAUGUACUUGAUCACAUUGAGGUUUUUGGCAGAGAUCACAGUUUUGCAAAUGAAACUCUGCAAGUCAUGCCUGUUGAAUUGUUUGGAUCUAGACGUCAAGGACGUUCCACCUCCAUAUACAAUCUUCUUGGAAGAGGUGAUACCACUGUGCCGUCUCAGCAUCCACUGUUGGUCAAUUCACAUCGUACAACUUCAGCCACUUCUAGAGCAUCAGAAAAUACUAGUGAUUUAUUGUUUCCUGAUAGGAGCUUGGAAAGUGCUUCAUCUCGGCUGGACACUAUAUUUCGUUCUGCACGCAAUGGACGGCAGAGUCACAGGUUUAACUUGUGGCUUGAUGACAAUGAACAAGCUGGUGGAUCAAGCUCAUCUGCCUUACCACAAGGCUUAGAGGAUGUCCUUGUGUCACAAUUGAGGCGUCCCGAUGCUGAGAAGACUUCUGAUCAGAACAGGACUAGUGUCGACUCUGAGAGGAAGGCUGAUGCUGGCCAGCUGCAAAUGUCAGAACCUGGAAUUAGAACUGAAGCUCAAGUUGAGAGUGAUACAAAUAACCAAAGUGGAUAUCCUCCCACACUGCCUUCUGACACUAUGAAUGGCUCUAACCUGGAAACCACAUUGGAACUGACACCGCCUCGUCAAGGAGUAGAUACAGCUUGCACACAGUUGCAGUCUGUUGAAAUGCAAUUUGAGCAAAAUGAUGCAGCUGCUCGAGAUGUUGAGGCUGUGAGCCAAGAAAGUGGUGGCAGUGGGGCUACUUUGGGAGAAAGCCUCCGUAGCCUAGAUGUUGAAAUUGGGAGUGCUGAUGGUCAUGAUGAUGGAGGUGACAGGCAAGGGACUGCAGACAGAGUUGUUGGUGACUCACUGGGAACUCGAACAAGGAGAAACACUGUUUCCUUCGGGGUGACUACCCCAGUUAGCGUCAGAGAGACAUCACUACACAGUGUAAGUGAAGUUGCUGAAAACCCUAGUCAGGAGGGUGAAGGUGUAACUGCAGAUGGGCAGCAGAUGACUGGUGAUGGUGAGUCUGGUUUAAUUGAUCCUGCAUUCCUUGAUGCACUUCCAGAAGAACUACGAGCUGAAGUUCUAUCUGCUCAGCAAGGACAAGUAACCCAACCUGUUAAUGCUGAGCAGCAGAAUUCUGGAGAUAUUGAUCCUGAAUUUCUCGCUGCGCUUCCCCCUGAUAUUCGAGCCGAAGUUCUGGCACAGCAGCAGGCUCAGAGAGUUCAUCAAUCACAAGAAUUGGAAGGGCAACCUGUAGAGAUGGAUACCGUUUCUAUUAUUGCAACCUUCCCUUCAGAUCUUAGAGAAGAGGUUUUGUUAACAUCUUCUGAUGCUGUGUUGGCUAAUCUUACUCCUGCUUUGGUUGCUGAGGCCAACAUGUUACGUGAAAGAUUUGCGCAUCGUUACCACAGUCGCACGCUUUUUGGUAUGUAUCCGAGGAGCAGAAGAGGUGAGUCUUCCAGAAGAGGCGAAGGAUUAGGAGUUGACAGGGCUGUUGGAAAUAUUGCUUCCCGUCGCACAGUUGGAAGUAAACUACUCGAAGCUGAUGGUGCUCCCUUAGUUGAUACAGAUGCUUUAAAGGGCAUGAUAAGGUUGCUUCGAGUAGUCCAGCAAGUCUACAAAGGCUCAUUUCAGAGACUUCUUUUGAAUCUGUGUGCCCAUAGCAAAACCAGAACUGAAUUGGUCAAAAUUUUGAUGGAGAUGUUGAUGCUUGAUGAGCAUAAGCUUGGCAAUCAGCAAAAUCUUGCUGAACCUUCAUAUCGACUUUACGCUUGCCAAAGCCAUGUAAUGUAUUCUCGUCCUCAGUUUGUUGAUGGAGUUCCUCCUUUGGUUUCUCGUCGUGUUCUUGAAACUCUGACCUACCUGGCAAGAAAUCAUCCUUAUGUAGCCAAGAUUCUUCUUGAGCUUAGACUGUCCAAGCAGGCUCAUCGUGCGCUUGAAAAUGCGGAUAAAGUACAUGGCAAAGCGUUGAUGAUUGUUGAAAAGAAAAAUGGUGAGACACAAUCUGAAGAACUUCAUUCAGUUGCACUCUUGUUGGGUCUUUUGAAUCAACCACUUUAUUUGAGGAGUAAUGCGCACUUAGAACAGCUUCUAAGCUUAUUGGAUGUCAUAAUUGACAACGCUGGAAGCAAAGCUAGCACAAGUGAACCUGGAUCAUCCACUCCAGAGCAGCAGCCUAGUUCUGAGGUUCCAACAGGGGAUGCUGUGAUGCAAACCACUGAAUCGGCAACUAUUCCCUCUGAGCCCAAUGCUGGAUCCAAUGUUGAUGAAGCUAUGCUAUCAUCUGGUGCAUCUGAAAUAGAUGCUGCUAAAGUUGUGCUGCUUAGUCUUCCACAAACUGAUCUUAGGCUGCUAUGCUCUUUACUUGCAACAGAGGGUUUGUCAGAUAAUGCCUAUGCUCUUGUUGCUGAUGUACUGAAGAAGUUGGUGGCUUUUACUCCAUCUCAUUGUCAUUUAUUCAUCACUGAGCUGGCUAAUUCAGUGCAAAAAUUAAGUGAAUCUGCAAUGGCAGAGUUGCACUCUUUUGGAGAGGCUGAAGGAGCACUUCUACACUCCUCUUCGUCUGAUGGAGCAGCUAUAUUGAGAGUGUUGCAGGCACUCAGCGCUCUUGUUGCCUCUGUGAAUGAGAAGCGUGAAGAUCCGCAAAAUGCCGUAGUAACAGAUAACAAUGUGUCCCUUCCUCUGGUUAGAGAAAUAAAUUCUGUUUUGGAACCUUUGUGGCUGGAACUGAGCAGUUGCAUUAGCAGAAUAGAGGUCUAUUCAGAUUCUGGUCUUGAACUCCCUUCUUCAUCUUUGGUUGUCAAAUCUAAGCCUUCUACUUCAAGCCCAACUCUCCCCGCUGGUAGCCAAAAUGUGCUGCCCUAUAUUGAGUCAUUCUUUGUUACAUGUGAGAAAAUAUACCCUGCACAGCCUGGUACGAGUCUGGAUAUCUCUGUGUCUGCUGUCCCAGAAGUUGAUGAUGCUAGUACUUCUGCUAGCAAGCAGCAAACAUCAAGUUCUGUCUCUAAGGCUGAUGAGAAGCGUGCUGCUUUUGUGAAAUUUACUGAAAAGCAUCGGAAGCUACUGAAUGCUUUUAUCCGUCAGAACCCUGGGUUGCUUGAGAAGUCCUUUUCCUUAAUGCUUAAGGUUCCUCGUUUUAUUGAUUUUGAUAACAAACGUGCACACUUCAGAUCAAAAAUAAAGCAUCAACAUGAUCAUCACCAUAGCCCUUUGAGGAUUUCAGUGAGAAGAGCAUACAUUCUAGAAGAUUCAUACAAUCAGCUGCGCAUGAGGUCAACCCAAGAGUUGAAGGGGAGACUGACUGUACAAUUUCAGGGAGAAGAGGGUAUUGAUGCUGGAGGGCUAACCAGGGAAUGGUAUCAGUCAUUGUCUCGGGUCAUUUUUGAUAAAGGCGCAUUGUUGUUUACAACCGUGGGCAAUGAUUCUACUUUUCAGCCUAACCCAAAUUCUGUGUAUCAGACAGAGCAUCUCUCAUACUUCAAGUUUGUUGGCCGAGUUGUUGGGAAAGCACUUUUUGAUGGACAGCUUUUGGAUGUUCAUUUUACUCGAUCAUUCUACAAGCACAUCCUAGGUGUAAAAGUUACUUAUCAUGACAUAGAAGCUAUUGAUCCAGAUUACUACAAGAAUCUUAAAUGGAUGCUUGAGAAUGAUAUAAGCGACUUGUUAGAUCUUACGUUCAGCAUAGAUGCUGAUGAGGAAAAGCUGAUAUUGUAUGAAAGGACACAGGUGACAGAUUAUGAAUUGAUUCCUGGUGGGCGAAACAUCAAAGUGACUGAGGAGAACAAGCAUCAAUAUGUUGAUUUAGUUGCAGAACAUAGAUUGACAACUGCAAUCCGCCCUCAAAUUAAUGCUUUCCUGGAAGGCUUCACUGAGUUGAUUCAUCGGGAGCUAAUUUCCAUAUUUAAUGACAAGGAGCUUGAAUUAUUAAUCAGUGGGCUUCCGGAUAUUGAUCUGGAGGACAUGAGGGUAAAUACAGAGUACUCUGGUUACAGUCCUGCAUCUCCAGUUAUCCAGUGGUUCUGGGAGGUAGUCCAGGGAUUUAGCAAGGAAGAUAAAGCUCGCCUGCUGCAGUUUGUUACUGGCACAUCCAAGGUGCCCCUUGAAGGUUUCAGUGCCCUUCAAGGCAUUUCAGGCUCACAAAAGUUUCAAAUUCAUAAAGCAUAUGGUAGUCAGGAUCAUUUACCUUCGGCUCACACAUGCUUCAACCAAUUGGAUCUACCCGAAUAUCCUUCGAAAGAACAUCUGCAGGAAAGGUUGCUGCUUGCGAUCCAUGAAGGUAGCGAAGGAUUUGGUUUUGGUUAAGAAUGAUAUGUAAUAGUAGGUAACUGAGAAGAGAAUUAUUGUAGAUAUAAUUUGCGUUUAGUUACUAUUGGGAGGCAAAGUUGGAAAAUAUGGACAUUUGAGGUGUUAAAUUGUUAAUAUAAUGUACAGUUCUAUUUAUCUGUAUGCCUAUUUAUACUUGGGCAGUUUUUGAUCUUACCAAUAUGCAUUCUAUUCUUGCCCUCUUUAUUUUGAGGUCUGAUAUUUGAUCAUCAAUAUGAGUUUCUUUUAGAGUAAA